AUGCGUUACACGACAUGAGGCUGAGGUCUAGGUAGCCACGUAGCUAGAUUCCUUGCAGAGCCCGAACACAAGCUGGAGCCCAUCGCGACGUAUUAUUCCUUGAUCCUACGGCCUGCUCACCUAUCGAAAAAUUCGCGAUGAGCUUCGGCUACAGUGUAGGUGAUUUCGUUAUUCUGAUCCAGCUUGCCGACAAGACUCGGCGGCAAUUUUUGGAUGCACCAGACGAAUUCAAAGCGAUUUCAGACAUUGUAAAAAGCCUUUCUCCAAUAUUGAGAGAGAUUGAAGACGUCUGGCUCAUUCGGGAUCUCAACCUCAAGCAGCUGAAUGACCUACGCGACAUAGCACAGAGCUGUGAAGAUGCCCUUGGCAGGCUCAACGAAAAGCUGGAGCGAUACCAGGAGCUGGAUAGCCACCCAAAAGAACUUGGAGGGAAGGUACACAAAGCAUGGAAGAGAUUCCGCUGGAACCCAGAAGAAAUCAAAAAGUUGCAGGAUGAUAUUAUUGUACAUGUCAACCUCUUGGAUGCGUUCCAUGGGAAACUCUUUGGUCAAGUCACGCUGGCAAUCGAAGACGGCGUUGACAGGCUUCAUCGCCGCCAGGACGACAGAGAACAUCAGGAAAUGCUCGACUGGCUUACUCCUAUCGACUUUGCCCCUCAGCAGAACGAGAUUAUCCAUAGGCGCCAGGGAGAGACAGGACUAUGGCUAUUGCAGUCCAACGAGUUUCGCAGCUGGAUCAACCAACAAUCGCAGAUACUCUUUUGCCCGGGUAUACCGGGAGCUGGAAAGACUAUGAUGUCUGCGAUUGUUGUGGACUAUCUCAUGGCAAAAUAUCGGGAUGACCCAAGUGUUGGAAUUGCCUACGUAUUCUGCAACUAUCAGUCGCAACACGAACAGACGCCCGUGGCCAUCCUUUCAAGCCUUUUAAAACAGCUGGCUUCAGCAAGGCCAGCACUACCCGACGCGAUAAAAGGGCUCAACAAGCCCUUCAACCCUAAAGCUGAGCGCCCGCCCCUUGAUGAAAUCGUAAAAGCAUUGCGAGCGACACUCAAGUUGCACAGCAAAGUUUUCAUUGUCAUUGACGCCUUGGACGAGUAUCGCGUGGCGACUGGGGAUGGAACAGACGAGGACGAAAACUAUGCUGCUAACAAAGAAGCCCUUGGAAAGCUCUUAUCUGAACUGUUCCAACUUCGAACUGAAAUCCAAGUCAGCCUCUUCGCGACAUCUCGGUUUGAGACUGAUAUCACUUCGCGGUUUGAAGGCUGUGUAUCUAAAGAGAUCCGCGCUCAUGAUCAUGAUAUCCUCAAAUACAUUGACAGUCGGAUGCCAAAGCUUUUGCGGUCACAGAUCUCCAAGCACUCACAACUCCAAGAGAAGAUUAGGAACGAAAUUUUGAAUAGUGUUGACGGAAUGUUCCUCCUAGCUCGAUUGCACAUGGAUUCUCUCAUGAGUCAACCCACAGUUGGGCAUAUCAACCGAGCUCUGGUCGACCUACCUCGUGGGCAAAAAGGCCUAGAUAAGACGUACGACAAAGCAGUAGAGAGGGUUGAUGAGCAGCCGGAAGCCUCUCGACGGCUUGCUAGAAACAUCCUGUCUUGGGUAAGCCAUGCGCGGAGAGUGCUCUCUGUCAGAGAACUACAACAUGCCCUGGCUGUACAUCCAGACAUGGCCGACCCCGACGAAGACUUCCUUCCUGAUGUCGAAAUCCUCGGCUCAAUAUGUGCCGGACUGGUUCGAGUGGACACUGGCAGCGAUACUGUUCAGUUGGUUCAUAAGACUACGGAAGAAUAUUUCAAACGCAAAGCGAUUCUUCCAAACGCAGAAAAAGAAAUUACAGUAGCUUGCGUUACUUAUUUAUCGUUUGAUGCUUUAGGAUCGUUCGCCCGCUCACAAGGAGAACGCUGGUUUGUGGCAAUACAUGAUGUUCAGGUACGACUACGAAAAACGACAGAAUGUAUCCCUGGCCUUGCAUCUUGCCGUAUUCUUCGGUUUGGAGAGUAUAACAGCCGCUCUGCUCGCAAAAGGCUUACCACCAGACUCCCUCGAUACAGCAGGACGAAAUCCACUGUCGUUUGCCGCACAAGAAGGCCAUGAAGGAGUUUUGAGCUUAUUGCUUGCAAAGGGCUCACAACCAGACUUGACCGAUAAUUUUGGAGGAACUCCACUAUUGUAUGCCGCGAAAUGCGGCCACGAAGGACUCGUGAGCUUACUGCUUGC